UAUCAGUAGUUCCUGAGAUCAGCGCGUUUAACCAAACAAAAAAUAUUAUUAUAGAUAUCAUACUUAAAUAUACCUUCUGUCUGCAGUAGAGGUCACUUCAAUAGCUAAAAUGGGAUCGACUAUCAAACACUUGAUGUAACCAGUUAUGUCAAGUAUCAACACAAUUAAACGCAACAAUUUAGUGCAGUAGUAAAUAUACCUACCUAUGUACGAGUAUGCAUUAUUGUUUUUGUCACAAGAGGUUCGAUAUCAAAUUAUCAAGUGUAUUUAGCCCAGAUAAUUAAUGACACUGUAACUUUAUUUAUUGAUAAGCAUUUCAUAUGAAAUGGUAGUAGUAAAAUACUAUAAUAAUUUACAAGUUAAAUAUUCAUUUUGUUAUGAAACUAGGUAUUUAUUUUAUUUAACUACGUAUGCAAAUCCAAGAUAAUACAUGCGACGUCUAAAUGAACCCACAUCUUGUGAGAAGUCAGUGUUGAUUCCAACAUGAUUCUAAACGCAUGUUUCUGUUUUACAUUGUUAUUACUUAGCUUAUGCUGCUUAUUUUGUUAUAAGAAAUUUAGCUAUUGGAGUGAUAAAAAUAUAAAAGGUCCUACACCCUGGCCAAUAGUAGGUAAUUUUGCAAAUGUGAUGUUUCAGAAAAAAUCUGUUAACCAGUGUAUAAAAGAUGUUUAUUUCAAAUAUAAAGGAGAAAAGCUAGUAGGGUUAUAUCGCGGCUUUCAGCCAAUGCUGUUAGUUAAUGAUCCAGAGUAUAUUAAACAUAUUUUAGUAAAAGAUUUCAAUUGUUUCCAAAAUAGAGGAAUGAGUACGAGCAAAAGCCGUCUUAGUGACAAUCUAUUUAGUGCAGAAGGGGAAAAAUGGAAAAUAUUGAGGCAGAAACUUACACCAGUUUUUACGUCAAGAAAACUAAGAGACAUGGUGCCUAUUAUUCAAGAAUGUGUCGAAAGUUUUUUACUAUUUGUGGAUACGCUAGCCAAUAGAAAUGUUGAUUACGAAAUAAGGGAUAUGACAUCAAAAUAUACUAUGAAAGUUAUAGGGAAGUGUGCUUUUGGUUUAGAUGUUGAUACUUUUACUGAUGAAAAAAACCAGUUCAGUGAGAUGGCAAAUUUAAUUUUUAAACAAACUUUAUCAGACAGGUUAUUAACAGUUUUGGAUAUGAUUUUCCCAGGUCUGAAAAAACUUUUUGUUACACGUUUGGAUAUACAAGAUUAUUUUGUAAGUCUCGUGCGUAAAGUAUUGUUGGAAAGGGAAGGCAAACCCUUGAUACGCAAAGACUUUAUAGACUUCAUGCUCGAGCUUAGAGAUUGUGGAAAAAUUAACAGAAAAUUAGACAAUGAAAAAGUGUGUGAGAUUGAAAUUGACGAUUACAUGUUAGCAGCGCAGGCAUUCGUGUUUUAUACAGCUGGUUAUGAGACAUCGUCAGCGACAAUGUCCUUUAUGAUUCAUGAGCUUGCAUUACAUCCAGAAAUCCAAGACCGCGUUUAUGAGGAAAUUUCCCAAGUUCUGGCUAAAUACAAUGGGGAGAUUAAUUACGAGUCCAUCAAGUAUAUGAAAUAUUUAGAAAUGGUGUUUGAUGAAACACUUCGUAAAUAUACUGUAGCUGGUAUAUUGUUCAGAAAAGCCUCAUCGAGAUACACAUUUGCUGGUACAAAUUUAACGAUAGAAAAAGGAACACUAGUGCUUAUAUCGGCUACUGCGUUGAGCACCGACUCUACGUAUUUUCCUGAACCUGACAAGUUUAAUCCAGAAAACUUAUCAUCGGAAAAUAUAUCAAAAUUACCCAAAUAUGUUUAUUUGCCCUUCGGUGAAGGACCACGCAAUUGCAUCGGUAUGCGGUUUGCGAAGAUACUUUCAUUAUUAGCAAUGGCUGCAUUCUUGAAGAAAUUCAAAGUAGAACCUGCCAAAAAAACUAAGAGAGAAUUGACAUUCAACCCUAAAGGAAUGAUAUUGAUUUCAAAUGAAGGUAUAUGGACCAAAAUAUCCAGGAGGCAGACAUAACAACUUGUUAAAUAAAUGUCCAACUAUAUGUUGUAUUUCUCUGAAAUAUCAUAAUAAUAUUAAUUACAAUUAAAUAUUACAUUUUAUUAAAUUACCUAAAAGUUUUGUAUUUUUUAUUUCAAAAUUGCUCUAAUUUUAAUUGCGGUGA